UGAGUAACACAGCUUUGCUCCUAAAGUUUUCUUAGAUCUGUUAGAGAAAAUCUGGAAUUCUACAUAAAAAUUUGUAUGCAGCAUAGAUAAAUCAAUUUGACAAACACAAGUAUCUUUGCACCAGUUUUGAUUACCAUCAUUGCAUGCAGCACAGCCCACAAUCCAAAGAGCAUCUUUCAAGACACUGAUUUAUUCCCUGUUUUUGUGGCACUUAACUCUGGGACAAUGCAAGUGAAUCUUCCUGUACUGACUCUUUGCUUUCUUGGCACAGUUGUCCUGUGUGUAACGCAGUCUAUGUCUGCAUCAAUUGAUCUGCCCAUGUCACCCCAAUCACAACUAAGAUCAAAUAGUACAUCAUCAACUACUAGACCGUCCACGACCAUAGCUAACACAACUAGUCCAUCCACCACUUCCGCAACUAGUCCAGCCAAAAAUUCCACAACUGCUCCAGCCACCACUUCCAAAACUGCUCCAGCCACCACUUCCAAAACUGCUCCAGCCACCACUUCCAAAACUGGUCCAGCCACCACUUCCACAACUGGUCCAGCCACCACUUCCAAAACUGGUCCAGCCACCACUUCCACAACUGGUCCAGCCACCACUUCCACAAGUGCCACAACUACACAAACUGAACCCAGCACCACUGCUACCACAACUGAAACCUCUUCAGCUGCUACCACCGAGUCUGUGGAGGGAGGGUCAGGAGAGCUUUCAUCUGGUGCUAUAGCCGGUAUUGCCAUCGGCUCUAUCGCUGGGGUGGCUGCUGUUGGUGGUGGUAUCUUUGGCGCGCUGAAGUACACCAACAGGAUAUAAAUGGUUAUGGAUUGUAAGCACAAACAUUUGCCAUCCUCAAGUCAAACAGAUUAAAUCCUGACCCUGUUAACUGGACAAUAAAAAAGUCCUAUUGUCUGAAAGGCUCAAAUCAGAGUAAAACAAUAUAUCUGAUAUGAUGAUGAUGGGCCAAGAGGAAGACAUAAAAAUAAAUUUGACUACUUUCCUAUUUUGAUUGUCUGGCUGUAGGUCAUGAAAUAAUCUUUAGUUGAUCAAAAAACUUUUCGUUGUAAUAGAAAAUGUAUUUUAUAAUAAUAAUUUCAUGUAUUUUACUUUUAGUUUGAAAUAGAAUGGAAACUCCUUGUCUAAUGGGUUAAAUGUAAUUGCCAGGAGUGUUGAGGUGGGCUGAUUGUGGUGUGUGUAGCAUGAACAGCUAGUUUAAUAUUAAUGACAUUAUUGUCUGAUCAUUAACUGGACUUUUGAAUCCAAAUUCUGUAUUCGCUUAGACAAAAGGCUUUGAAAUCAUUCUAUACAUUUAAUAAAUAACUUUCUACCCCCUUUUUCUUAA